AUGUCGGAACCGGUGCCGUUGGAUGCCCAAAGCGAGGCUUUGCGAGAUGAUGAGAUGCAGCAAGAUUUCGAGAUAGACGAAGGUGCUCAGACAACCAUUCAACCACCAGCUGGAGCCCCAGAACAGCAACAGCAACAGAAACAACAGUCUCCAGAGGAAAGGUUACAGCAAACGGAAAGAGAAGCCGAUGCUCUUAAUGAGAUCAACACGCAAGCCAGUGCAUCCAUUCGGUCCAAUGACCCAGAGAAAGCUGCUGAGCAGGCUGAGAUUGAUUCCAGAUCUGUUUACAUUGGUAAUGUGGACUACGGCACGAACCCUGUGGAGUUGCAACAGUUCUUCGCUGACUGUGGAGUUGUGGAGCGUAUAACCAUUCAAACGAACAAGAUCACUGGCCAGCCGAAGGGUUUUGCGUAUGUGGAGUUUGAGACGCCUGAAGGUGCACACAAAGCCGUGGCAGUCCACGAUGGGCACGAUUUCCGUGGCAGAACGUUGAAGGUGAACUUGAAGAGAACAAAUGUUCCAGGAUUUUUUAGAGGCGGUGGACGUGGACGUGGACGUGGAUUCCGCGGUAGAGGUUUCCAUAGGGGCCGUGGACGUGGCUUCCGUGGCGGCGGUGGCUUCCGUGGCGGAAGAUUCAACCCUUACUGA